CCAAAGGCACACGAUGGCGGCGAUCACAUUCACCGCGAACGUGGCGAAGGGUCGGGUCGCGCCCGCGGUCCGGGGCCGCGUCCGCGCUCGCGGCGCGCGCGGCGCGAUCUUCGCGACCGCGAAUGAGGGCACCCGGGCGGUGGCGACCCUCCCCGAGACGGGCGUCAAGAGGGUCGGCGCGGUCGUGGGAUCCGUCGCGGCGGCGACCGCGGCCGAGCCGGCGUUCGCCGCGGCGCACGAGGUCGCGGAGGUGGCCGCCAACGGCGUGCUCGAGAACCUCAGGCUGUUCAUCGCCAUCGCGUCCAUCGCGCUCAUCCUGUUCCAGGGUCCCAAGGGCGACGGCGUGGUCAACUCCCUCAACGAGCGAAGGGUGUUUGGCAGCGCGGCGGAGACUAAAUCGGCGGUUGAUUACGUCACCGCGGGACUCAUCGGGUCCUUCAUCGCGCUCUCCGCCGUCCUCGCCGCGACGCAGUGAGCGGUGUGGGCGGACGGUGGCUAUCAUGGUUGUGACGAUACGCGUCCGUGGUAAUCUUAGGGGAUUUAAUACACGAGAGACGGAGACGUUGUUUGG